GGAACGUAAAAGACUGUGGUGAAGUCUGAAAUGCAGCAAUGGGAAGUGUUUAAUAAGAUGAGUUCCUUCAUGACCUCCCUUCAUUGAAAACAGCUUUUGGUAAUAGUUAACAUGACUGAGUGGAGCACACCACACUUGAAAUUGAUUCUUAUCGGGAACUCUGGAGUGGGAAAAUCUUCUUUCAUGACACGGUUUGUUGACCAUCGUUUUACUAAUUUGUACCGUGCCACCAUCGGGUUAGAUUUCCUUACUAAAGAAAUCACCAUUGAUAAAAGAACAGCAAUUCUUCAGAUCUGGGACACUGCAGGCACGGAGAGGUUCCAUUCUCUGGGCACCGCACUGUAUCGUGGAGCUCACUGCUGCCUUCUAGUGUUUGACGUUACAUCAUCCGCUUCCUUUACGGCACUGGAAGGCUGGAGGAAAGAGUUCCUGUUGCAGGCGUGUCCUUCUGACCCCAAAGGAUUCCCUUUCGUAGUGCUUGGCAAUAAAAUUGAUUUGGAAAAUCGUAAGGUGUCACCAAAAGAAGCCCAGCAGUGGUGCAGUGAUAUCGGUGCAGAGUAUUUUGAAUGUAGCGCCAAAGAAGACAUUGACGUCAACAAGACUUUUCAAAGUGCAGCGCGAGCAGCUUUGCAGUAUCUCAAAAGUCAUUCUGCAGAUAUUGAAGACGAUAUCCAGAUUAUACAGAAUCAACCCAAGACAUCAAAUGGAAAAUGCCACUGUUGAGGCACGUUUGUCAACAAAGGACAAAGUCCUCCCUGCCGUGACUUCAUCCACUUCAAAGUUUAUGUGCAUGUGUAAAGGACUGACCUGUAUAUAAAAAUAAACUUCAAUAACUACUU